GCUGCCAGAAUCAUUCAACGGAGUGGUCAGCUGCGAAUUUCUAAAAAAAACAUUAAACUAAAUUUGUUUGAAGCUAAGUUAAUUGUUAAACUGCACAAGCUUCAUCGACACAUUUUAAAGUUUAAUAAAUAAAUAAAUAAUCCAGUGAUAAAGAGCAAGUUCCCACAAUAGUUCAUUUGGUCACAUAUUUAAUUUUGAAUUGUUGAUUUCCUAACUAUAAACUACUCGACCAAGUCUUGACUGAAAAUUCAAAAUACAUUCAACCAAAGCAAUAAGUUUUGAGAAAUUACAGCUCUAGCUUCCACCCCACACAUGUCAAAUUCAACCAGACGUUGACUUUGACUUCAAUAAGAUCGAAAUUUGGCUUGACAACAACUAUAUUCUACUCGUUCUUCCGUUCAGCCGAACCCACCCUGAGGAUUGAAUUAAUUCUCUUCUGUUGCCUGUGUGAAUUGAUAUUGACGGGACAGGGAACAAAUAAACACUUCAUCUUCCUCCACUACCACCAAAUCAAGAAGAUCGUCAUCGAGGGCCGCCCUCUUCGCCAAACGUACACAAUUAUUAUUAAAACCAAUUUUAAUCAUUAUAUAUACAUGAACGCCAGCAAAUUAUUGGAGACGCUGUUGCUCCUAUGCUGAGGCGGCUCAGUAUUCUUCGAUAAAGUAAAUACAAGUUUAAUUUUUAUCCCCAAUCAAUGAAACAAGCUAAUAAUUAAAGGAAAAACAGGAUCCACCAACCAGGAAACAACCAAAUCCCAAUAAUAUUCCAAUUCAAACUAUACAUUUACUAAAUUUGCCGUACGAUUUCCCCUCUCCGCAGCUUUAGUUCCACCUUCUUCUACCAAUGGACUGAUUAAUGGAUUAAUUAAUUGGAUUAACUUGAAGUUCUGCAAAAAAAAACAAGCUGAAAAUGAGUGUGAUCAUUCGACUACAAAAUCUGCCACUUUCUGCUAUCUCGAUUGAUAUUCGAAAUUUCUUCCAUGGAUUGUCGAUCCCGGAUGGUGGAGUGCACAUAUGUGGCGGUGCAGAAGGAGACGCCUUCAUUGCAUUUUCAACAGACGAAGAUGCCAGGCAAGCGAUGCAGCUCUCGGGCGAAAAACUCAAAGAUUCGACCGUUCGACUUUCUCUCAGCUCGAAACACGAAAUGUUCAAGAUCAUCGAGCAAGCUAGAGUAGCUGCUAAUCCCGAACAAGCUCAACCAAUGGACACACCCUUUGCAAAUCGGUCGGGCAUAACUUUGCCAUCACCACGUCCGAGUAGUCCACCAGCUAGGUCAGCAGCAGUAUCCCAGCAAAAUGUUGUGAACCCUUCCAACAUGCCAAACUUUGGUACUCUCGCCGGAAUGGGAAUGCUAAGUGGAGGAAUAGGAAUGACGGGAGCAAACUUUAUUGGGCAGAAUCCAACAGGGAUGGUUCCACCAUCAUCAAUGACUACUGGCAGUGGCAUGAAUAAUAAUGUCCAACAACAGCAGCAACAACACCCGUUUUCGAUGGGAAUUGGUUCAAAUACUCUUCAUCAUUCUCACAUGUCAAGCUCCAUGGGGUCGAGUGAACAUCAUUCCCAACAAGUGGGUGGUUCAAUGUCGAUGAUACCAGCCACCAACAACCCUAACCCAUUCGGAGUGCCACCUCCUCCACUGGCUGCUGGGUUAGGGAUGACUUUCCCACAUCAUUUAAUGCAAACUGCUGUUUCAUCGUCUCAGGGAAUGUCAACAAUGAAUCAAAACCAAGCGGUUGCUGCCAUGAUGGGAAUGGGCGUUCCUCCACCUAAUAUGAUUAAUGUGACGUCCACUUUGCAAGGGUCCAACGCCUUUUCGUCUCCGAGAACAAUGAAUCAAAUGAACCACCAUCCCGGCCUCAGCAACCAGCAAAUGGGUCUCUUGGACAAUAAUAAUCAAAUAAACCUUACGGGAACUAAUCUCACAAAUCUUCCAGGAAGUAAUAACCAAAUGAAUCUUCCAACAAAUAAUAAUCAAAUGCAUCUUCAGACAAAUAAUCAAAUGCAUCUUCAGACAAAUAAUCAAAUGAAUCAUCUUGUUGCCCAGAAUCCAAACCAAAUAUCUGGAAAUAAUAAUCAAUUGAAUCAUCUUGUCGCUCAUAAUCCAAACCAAUUAUCUGGAGCUAAUAACCAAAUGAACCAUCUUGUCGCUCAUAAUCCUAACCAACUAUCCGGAAAUAAUAAUCAAAUGCAUCCUAAUUUACUACAUCAAAAUAUAAUGCGACCAAAUAGUUUUCCAGGAAUGAAUCCGGCGUUUAUGGUUGGUGGCAAUGCUGGCAAUGGUGGAGUUGUGGGCAACAUUAUGCCUCCACGCCAAAACGGUUCCCUAAUUCAGUCUGUUCCUCCAAUGCGAGGAAGAAACCCGAAUUCUGCAGUGGGUCAGCGUCCCGUUGCUUCAGUGAGACCUGAUUUUAAUCGAGAUAUGAGUGCGCGCAGUCGUUCACCGUCCGAAAGACGCGAUAGAGAUAGAGAUGGCUUCAGGAAGGAUCCAGACAGGCGGAGGAGAAGUCGCAGUCGAGACCGUGAUCGGAAUAAUGACCGACGUCGGCGUUCAAGAAGUCGAUCUCAAAGUCCGAAAGGGAGAUUUUCUUCCAACCGUCGAGAUUCUCGAGAAAAGGAUUCGGAUAAAAUCCGUGUAAGUGGUAGAAGGGAUUCGAGAGAUGCCCCUGACCCUCCUGCCACACCGUACAACACCACUGAUGAGCAUCAUGCUGCCGUGAAAUUGACUGGAGUUCCUUCGGACGCUUCAUUCAGAGAGAUCAAGGAUUUUUUACGAGUUGACAUAAUGGGAGGUGGAGACGGGGCUGUUAGAUUGUAUGAGGAAUGCAUUUCUUAUAUUAAACUAGAAAGACCGUCCGACUUUCCAAAAGCAUUCCGUUCAAAUGGAAGAAGAAUAAGAAGUUCUGUAAUUUCGAUGGAACCCAUAUCAAUUGAGCGGUGGGUGGACGAGUACAAGCUGAACAAAAGUCGGAUGGACCGCGACGUUGACGUGAGUAAGAGGGAACGAGAACGAGGUCGAGACAGACAACACCAUAAAGAUAGAGACGACAGAAGUUCAACGGAAAGACCUGAAAGACAGUCAAGACCAAGCCGUUUCAAUAAUGCUCCUCAGUCGUCCUGCAUCGUGAUUAGGAACCUUCCACCCACGGUUACACGUAGCGACGUUGCAUCUCGUCUUUUAAUUGGUGUUGUUUUGGUGGAUGUUAACGUGUCUGCUGGACCCACAGCCAAUGGUCGGCACACUGCAAUCGCACAUAUCAAAUUGGAGUCACCGCUAGCCGCACAACAAGCGAUUGACCAAAUCGUUAGAUCUCAAGACGGAAGCCAUUUGGUUGUGGAAAUCAGUACAAAUGAAGAGUUUAAUAUGGCAAAGAUGAGAACAGGAGCUGGGCCAGGGCGAACAAACGAGUCUGAUAAUGCUUUUAAAUUUGCUAAUAAUUUGCAACAAGACACCAAGACCUCAAUUUUUGAUUUAGAAUCUGGACUGGAUGACGAAAGUUGUUCGGUUAUGCUGAAAGGUGCACCAUCCAAUGUUUCAGAGCGCGACGUAUUUGACUUUUUCUCUGAUAUUGGUCUGAUGCCGAUGAACGUAAAAAUCAUGUAUGACACUGACGGAAGCUGCAAUGGACAAGUAGUCUGUGAAUUUCCUGACCCGCAUAAGGCUCGCAGAGCUACGACAAAGGAUGGAAUGAUGUUUGGGCGUGGCCUGAUGCAAGUCGAGUUACUACCUUCUGGACGGAAAAGAAUGCCAGAUCUAAUGCACCAUCACAUUCAGGGAAAAACUCCAUUUAGACCAUCUUUGCUAGGACCUCGACCCGGUGGCGGCGAUGGUCCCAGUCCUGCAGGAGGACGAUAUGGAGGAGGUGGUCCUGCAGGUCCUAAUCCAUUUGUCCAGGCAUUGCAGGGUGGACCCAGGGGUCGAGGAGGUGGACGCGGGUUCAAUACACGAUUUGGGGGUCCACCUAGACACCACGGCCUUGGGGAACCUAAUAAUGGAGCGGUGGAUCGAGAUGACAGAUUAGGAGGAAGUGGACGAGGAAGGGCCAAAGGAGGAGGAGGUCGGCCACUUUCCAAUGUAGAUCAAGAGUCUAGUGAUGAUACAACUGUACCGGCUACUGGAUUUGGAAAGCAAGGUUGCGUUUUAUCAUUGGAAAAUGUCCCUUAUGCCGCUUCAAUGGAUGAUAUAUUGCAUCAUCUAGAACUCUCGCCCACUUAUUACAGAGAUAAGAUUAUCCGGCGCUUUGAUGAAUCCGAUUAUCCCACUGGAGAUGCGCGUGUGGCCUUUGACACUCCAGCCGAGGCAAAACUUGCCCAUGACCGACUGGUAGGAACCAAAAUGUGGAACCGUUUGAUUAGUUACACUAUAGUAUAGCUUUCAAUUUCGAAACUUGGGUAAUUAUUUGUAUCGACAUAAGUCUUACAAACUUUUAUAUUACAUACGUUGUACGCAAUUUUCUGUGCAUAUGUAGAAAUUUUAAUAUUUUCUGUGUAAAUUAUAUAUCCAUUAUUAAACUUUAUAAAUAAAAAAUACUACGGAAUUUAUUAAGUGACAUAAUUUAUACAUAAAAAAAGUCAAAUUUCUUGAUGAAACUGAUUAAAUAUGGCAAAUGCAACGUCUUAAAUUACUUGAAAGUAUAUGUAUGCAAGUUGAAAUUCGAUAAAAAUUAUAGAAUUUUUAAAUGCUGGGCAUGAAUGUUUUUUCAUACUAUGUAUUUAUUAGUUUUAUGCGAGACAAAGCUAGCCCGAUAACAUGGAAUAAAUAGAACCUGUUGAUUUAAUAUGAUAUACAACAUUCAUUCGUUAGUCUGUUAUUUGGUAUAAAGUUGUGCUCAUAAUAACUGUGCUUAUGUAUAUAAAGUCAUAUAACUUGAUACAUGUGGAUUCAAACAAUAAAUGAAGAAAACCUCAA